GUUGUGCCCGGACGGUAUAUAAACGGCCGGCCCAUGGCACGGGCCACGACCUCUGGUCUCCGGCGGCGGCCGCCCCACAGCGCACCAUGCCGCGCUUCGGACGCCUGAGCCUGGCCGGCCCACCGGUCCUCCUGCGCGCGGUCAUCGGUGGGCUUGUGCUCCUAGUAGUGUCAGAAUCAGUCACUUCCAUGCCCACGAAAUCGACGCCGGAGUGGAGGAGGAUAUCAGACGAAGCUUACUUCUCUGAUCUUCUCUAUCCUUGCAGUGAUGACCUGCCUCAGGUGCAACCCGCAGGUCCACCCACCGAUACGUUUGCCAUUGAAUACGUGAAAAUACUUGGCGAGCGAACGACGGCGUGCCUAGGGCACGCCAGCAAGCUUCUGGCCGUGAAUCUGCCGGAAAGUUGCUCCACGCUGCAAGAUGUCAUGGAAGCGCCCGACCAGGUGACCCUACAGAGCCUGAGCCAGGCGCAAGCGUUGAGCAGCCUGUACGGCUUCCUGGUGAGCCACGCGGCGUACGCCUUCUUCGUGAGCGAGCAGGCCGAGAAGUACGCGAACAGUUCGUGCGCCAGUCCCAACGAGCACACACUGGCCGAGAACAGCCGCACGCUGGCAGCCCAGCUGCGCGACUUGCUGUGCACCAUCAAGCUGACGGCGAGCGUCCACGGCGGCAACGUCGAGUUCAGCGCCUCCGAGGAGCGCGUGGCGUCGCUGCGUGUCUGCGACGAGAGCACGUGCAGCAGGAGGCUGCUCAGGGACUGCCAGGUGGUGGCCAGUGUGGCAAACGUGCUGCGCACCCUGCAGCGCUACCUCAUGGGCUUACAAACGGACGAGGCGAGCUGAUAGCGGCGCUGUACAGCAUCCCCACCUAGUUCCUCUACUCAAGUUCCAAGCGCCAAAGACGGUCGCACAGGUCUAACGCCUGUGAUACGUGGACCUGCUCGCAUCGGCACCGCUUCAGUGCCGGUUGGGUUGCAGGCCCAGUGGAUCCGGGUGCCCAUCUUGACACCGGUGCCUUCGCGUCCGUGGCUGUGUUAGCGUGUGUGCGACCUUUCGGAAGGACACUUUGUGUGUGUGUGUGUGUGCGGAUGAGGGCGGCCCGAGUGCGCCCUUUGGGGCUGUGUGUGCUCACUCCUCACUAUUUAUUAUUUCAGUGCUCAUGACUACCAUCGUCGACUUCCAUCGGAUCGCUUUUUGUUUUAUCUCGUCAUUCCACUAUUUAUUUAUUUAAGCCUAUUUAUUACACCUAAAAGUCGAUAUUUAGGACAAAAGUUGCUCCCACCAAGACGAGCGCCUGUGUGAUCUGUUUGUUUCAUGCUCUCCCGUAUACUGUACGGCAAGGGAUCGGUUACAUGACUCGAUGGUUUCGUUUUCAAAGUUGCGUUGCUGGGCGUUAAUUUGCUGAAGCGAAGGCUUGGUGUCCCAGGCGAAGGUGCUGCCCCGCGGUGUGGCACAUGCUUCAGUUUUGUGUUUUCUCAAGUGACGGAGCCGCCGAGGCGUACGAUGCGAAAUAACUUUCAACCGAAAAAAAGCUCCGUCGUAAAAAAAUGAAUUCGUUCCUUGGCUCUCCUCACCACUGGUGAACCAAAUGAGUUAAGGCUUCUACGGGCGUGGUGCUUCAAUGUAGCGCACGAUGCCCCAUAGGUAUACGUGUGAGGCUGCAGGUUCUGAGGACUUGCAUUGUUCGUGGACAUGGCAGCGCGCAGUUGUGGGGCGGCCUCACGGUGACUCAGCAGGAUCGGGUGAUUCCACGAGAGAUCAGUCGUGCUUGUCCGCUCGAUAUUUUUGUUUUGUCUGUUUUUUUACCUGUCAUGCAGGAAUAUUCAAAUUGCACGGAGCCGAAAAUUUUAUUCCCUAAAUGCGUUCCCAGCAAAAAAAAAAAAGGAAAUAUUCGAAGGUACCGGCGCGAGCGUCCUCCUAUUGCUUAUCACAAUAUCUUCCGAUUUCACGGCCCAAAUAAAUGCAAACUAAUAACAUUGAUUCAAAAACACUUCUGCUCAGUUUAAUAAGCGUCAUAGUAAAUUGGUUUCAUGCUUUUUUUUAAGCAGUCCACAAGUGAAACAAAUGCAAAAAAACUCCACACAUGGCCCAAAUCUGAAAAAUUUCGUAAACCUGAUGCGUCUUGGCGCGUUUUCUAUUUCACGCAGAAAUUUGAAAAAGAAGCGUGACGCAUAGAACAUUUUUUUGCAACAUUUAUGCAAUAUAUUAUCUUCCUACAUGAAACGUAAUACAAGAAAAAAAUAGUUAAGCAAGUGUUUCCUCAUUUGCUUUAUUCACAAAAUAUGAAGCGCCAAAGUGGCCCACGUUGAGCGUGCUGGCUUUAGUGCCGCGAUGACUCGUUCCGGUUUGUUAACAUUUACUCUCUUUCAGAAAAAGAAAAGGCAACGCUUGUUACAAAUGAAGGAAGGUUUAUUUGGGUUAUUCCGGCAAGCACCUGCAACCUGUUUUCUGCUUUGCCUUCUGGGGCGCAAGAGCGAAAAAACUCGACACUACUUGUGGUGCUCAAAGAAAUUUAUUGCGUGUCCUUUGCAGUUAGUAAUUCGUCAUCACCAUGCAUCAGCCUAUUUUAUGUCCGCUGCAGGACGAAGGCCUCUCCCUGCGAUCUCCAAUUACCCCUGUCCUGCGCCAACCGAUUCCAACUAGCGAUUGCGAAUUUCUUAAUUUCGUCACUACACCUAGCCUUCUGCUGUGCUCGCCUGCACUUGCCUUCUCUUGGCACCCAUGCUGUAACCCUAAUGGUCCACCGGUUAUAUAACCUACGCUUUACAUGACCUGCCCAGCUCCAUUAAUUUCUCUUAAUGUCAAUUACAAUAUCGGUUCUCUC